CCCUCCUCAUCAAAUUAAAUCUCAUCUCAUCUCUCUCUCUCUCUCAUUUUUCAUCCCAUCAACACUUACUGUCACUCUCACUUCACUUAUUGCCUCUCUCUCUCUCUCUGUUCUUUUCUUUCUAUCACACUCUAAUAAUUGUCUUUUAACAAAUCAGAAACAUUUCAACUCUCUCCUUAUUCUAAGCCAAUCAGAAUUGAAAGAAAAUAUAAGAAGAGGAGAAAGAUUUUAAGUAGUGGCAGUACCAAGUAGUUGUGUGCUAAAAUAAACUUUUCAAUAUGGCUUCAUCAGCAUCUCCAAACACUUGGGUUAAGCCUAGAAUUCCUUCUUCUUCUUCGGUAAAAAUCAGAAAGCCCAAUUACAUAAGUUGUUCUCUUCAAGCUCCUUCUCUUCCAAGAAUCCCCAAAAAGACAACUACUUCUACCACUACCCCUUAUAACCAACCUUCUUCUACUCCUUCAAUCUCCAUUAAUCAUCGUUCGAAAACCCCAAUUGAAAAGUCUCAGUCUUCAUCAUCUGGCUCUGAGCUCAACUUCUUUCAAAAAGUGGCGGCGAUUGCUCUCGACGCAGCUGAGACUGCCUUAGUAUCACACGAACGCAAACACCCUUUACCGAAAACCGCCGACCCAAGAGUUCAAAUCGCUGGAAACUUUGCUCCGGUGCCUGAAACCCCUGUAGAACACUUUUUACCGGUUGCCGGUAAAAUUCCCAAAUGCAUUGACGGUGUUUACGUAAGGAAUGGAGCCAACCCCCAUUACGAGCCGGUAGCCGGUCACCACUUCUUCGACGGCGAUGGAAUGGUUCACGCCGUUCAAAUUAAAGACGGCGCCGUCAGUUACGCCAGCCGAUUUACAGAGACUAACAGGCUUGUCCAGGAGAGAGCCUUCGGUCGCCCGGUUUUUCCUAAAGCAAUCGGCGAACUUCACGGCCACUCUGGCAUCGCCCGGCUCCUCCUGUUCUACGCCAGAGGAAUGUUCGGACUCGUCGACCCGACUCACGGGAUGGGAGUUGCCAACGCUGGACUUGUCUACUUCAACAACCGGCUUCUCGCCAUGUCCGAAGAUGACUUGCCUUACCACGUGCAAAUCACGAGCUCCGGCGAUUUGAAAACUGCUGGGAGAUACGAUUUCGGCGGUCAGCUUAAGUCAACUAUGAUUGCCCACCCGAAAGUGGACCCGGAAUCCGGUGAGCUUUUCGCUCUGAGCUACGACGUCGUUUCAAAGCCAUACCUCAAGUAUUUCAAAUUCUCUCCCAACGGAGAGAAAUCCCCUGACGUUGAGAUUCCUCUGCCUCAGCCAACAAUGAUCCACGACUUUGCCAUAACCGAAAACUUUGUUGUCGUCCCUGACCAGCAAGUCGUUUUCAAGUUGCAGGAGAUGAUUCGAGGUGGCUCUCCGGUGAUAUACGACAAGGAAAAGGUUUCCAGAUUUGGGGUUUUGGACAAGAAUGCCUCUGACGCUUCCGGGAUCAGAUGGGUCGAAGCUCCCGAUUGCUUCUGUUUUCAUCUAUGGAACGCUUGGGAGGAGCCAGAGACCGACGAGGUUGUCGUAAUCGGGUCCUGCAUGACUCCACCCGACUCCAUUUUCAACGAAUGUGACGAGAGCUUAGAGAGUGUUCUCUCUGAAAUCCGACUCAAUCUCCGAACUGGGAAAUCAACACGACGACCCAUUAUCACUGCUGAAUCUGAACAAGUUAAUCUUGAAGCUGGAAUGGUGAACCGCCACCGGCUCGGGAGAAAAACAAGGUUCGCUUACUUGGCUUUGGCUGAGCCUUGGCCUAAAGUUUCUGGCUUUGCAAAGGUUGACCUUUUCACUGGCGAGGUGACCAAGUUCAUCUACGGUGACGAGUGUUACGGUGGCGAGCCUAUGUUCCUUCCAAAUGGCCCCGAUUCAGAGGAAGAAGACGAUGGUUACAUCUUGGCAUUUGUUCACGAUGAGAAAGAAUGGAAAUCAAAGCUCCAAAUCGUCAAUGCAAAGGAUAUGAAGCUCGAAGCAACAGUUGAGCUUCCAUCAAGAGUCCCAUACGGUUUCCAUGGCACAUUUAUAAGCUCUAAGGAUUUGGAGAAGCAAGCUUAAAAAGAUGGUGAUGAUCGAUCUUAGUGUUGGAUUAUUGGAUCGACAGUUUAUAUGUUAUGUGGUUAUGUAAAAGUCUGCGGUUUGUAUAUUGGUGUUAAGAAGCAGACUCCAGUGGAGACUUACCAGAGGGAUGAUGACAGAUUACGUCCCCGGAAGAUCUCCUCUGUUUUUCCCUUUUCAAAUCUUUUUACUCUUUUUCUUUGUAUUAUACACAGUGAGAGGUUUUACAGAACCAGCUUGUAGCUUUUGGGCUGUAGGUAGUUAUGGAGCUCAGCUGGUUUUUGCUUAUUCUUUCACUUUUAUUAUUAUGAUUAUGAUUGUGUAUAUCAUAAUGUUUGCAAGUACAUAAUUUUAUAAAGAUAAAUUGCAUUCUGUCUUUAUUAA